AAAAUUUCUCCCACUGUCCCACACUCUAUUUCUCAGUAGUUUAGUUAGCCUUAACCAGCUUCGAAUCUCACCUAAUCGUUUCUCUCUCUCCAGCUUGGUAUGGUACCCUUUCUCACUCAUCAUUACUUCAUAGAUUGAGUGAUUGACCAGCAUUUAAUUCGAUUUCUGAAAAGGAAAAAUUAAUUGGUGAAUCCCAUUUUCUUCCUGUGUUCGUGAAGCAACAACGAUGCCAUUGGUGAGAGCGGAGGUGAGGAAUGAGUACGCUCUCGGAGCGCAGGAGUUGUACAGAGAGGUGAACAAGGAAGAUCCCAAGGAGGUUCUUCAAGGAGUCGCCGUCGCUGGACUCGUCGGAGUCUUACGUCAGCUUGGGGACCUUGCUGAGUUCGCAGCAGAAAUAUUUCAUAGCUUACAGGAGGAAGUCACGAGAACAUCUUCUCGAAGCCAUAAGCUGAUGGCUCGUGUUAAACGGAUUGAAACUUCACUUUCUCCGCUGGAAAAGGCUUUGCUGGCACAAAGGAGCCACUUGCAUUUAGCAUAUACUCUUGGUUCUAAUUGCCACCCAUAUAUCCGGUGUGAACAAAAUCAUUUUAUAUACAGUGACAUGCCUCAAUUUAUUAUGGAUUCGUAUGAAGAUAGCCGUGGCCCUCCUUGCUUGCACUUGCUAGAUAAGUUCGACUCUGGUGGCCCUGGAUCUUGCUUGAAAAGGUAUUCCGAUCCAACUUUCUUUAGAAGAGCAUCAGAGGCAUCUGGUGACGCUAUUUGCUAUAAAACUUCAAAAGAUAAGAAGGGUCGUAAGAUUAAGAAAAGGUCAUGGACUAGAAGUCAAGGAGUAUCACGGGAUGCAUCAUUUGCUUAUAGCAGUGGCAGAAUACGGUUUACUCAAACGACCAUUGAUGGGCAUAGUUCAUCUUCUCAAACAGCCUCAACAUAUGAUGCUACACAAAGAUCAGAUUUCAAUGUGCAAACAACUUCUACCUUGAAAAAUGCAUCAGACCACACUGAAGGUUAUUUCCAUCCAACUAACUCUGUGCAACCAGAAGAACAAGAGUCUAGGGAAUCCAUUUCUUCACUGGUCAAGAAGCAAGAAAAUGAUUUCCUUGAUUUCAAUUUCCUCGACGAAAAAAUUACAGAUGCGUAUGGUGAUAUUCGGAGCUGUCCAUUUCAAGAGGCAGCUGGUUUUAGUUCAUCUUCUGGAACUUGGAAUGAAAAGAAUAAUAAUAAUAAUAUUGAUGAUGUUAGAAGCAUGGAGCGAAAGACUCAGAACCGUGAUAAUGAUGGCAUGACGCCGAGCAACAAUCAUAUUAGGCAUGUAGAGUCUUUUUCCCCUGUCGUGAACGAUGAAUAUCUCGGUUGUAUAGCUGAUGAUAUUGGAAUCAAUGACUAUAUGAAUAGCGAGCCUCGCAAUCAGGUUGUGCGGACAUCUGAAUCUGCUGGUGCCCCAGCUGAUGACAUUGAAAGCGAAACUGAUCAUUUUAUGGAUGCUCUUAAUACCAUUGAGUCAGAGUGUGAAACUGAUACUGACUGCACAAAACUGAAACUAGUGGAGCAUUAUCCUGAGCUGGAGGAUAAAUCACUAAAAGAGGAAGUAAGUGAGGUCGUGCAACGUAAUCUAGAGUGCCAAUCUUCAAGUUCUGGGACUGACAUUUUGGCCGAAAGUUCCCUGAUCAAUGCUAUUUGUGAUAAUAAUCUCAUCUCACCAUCUCCAAAAUCCCAUCACCCAACAAAGUUGGAUGCAGAUGAAUUUAAUUCGGAGUUUCUAGUCGACAUGGAUUUACAGUCAUCUCAAAUGGGUAGAGGAUCAUUAAAUCCAGGUUGCCUUCAGAGUGUUGAUUCUCAUGAGAAUGAAAGCAGUAAUACUGGCAAUAUAUUAGAAUCUGUUUCAUGCACUGCAUCAUCUAACAUCAUGGAUGAUCUACCAGAGAUGGAGAUUUCCAAUGACUCUCAGGAACAUGUUUCAGAAACUUCUAAUGUCAUGCCCGUCACAUUCUGGACUAACGGUGGCUUGCUAGGACUCCAGCCAUCAAAACCACCGGAUUUCAGUAUGUUAAGUUCUCUUCAUCAAGGACUUGCGGUUAAGAAAGAAGGAAACAUUGGUUCAUCUACUCAACAUGUCAUCGACAGUGACAAAGCAGCUUCUCAAACUCAAACCGAAAUCUUCAAGCAUAUUGAAGAUAAUCUAAGUAUGGAUAGCUCCACAAGCCAUGAUAACCAAGGAAGUGGCCCAUCAGUUACAAAGACACUCUGGAAAAUACCGCCUGCUGAUUUGGACGUUAAAAGCGGGAAGUUAAGCGGCCCAAUUCAUCAGAACAAUAAUGCCGAUAUUAGAAUUGGAUCAGCCGUAACUUCAUCUCAAAUGUUUGAACCAAGCAAUACGUGGCUAUCCACUGGAGCCAACAAUAAUCUACUGUUGGGCGAGAAUAGAAAGAACUCCCCUGCAAUCCGUCACAACACGAAUGCUUUUGAGCAGAAGAAUCGCCUACCUUUUGCGAAUCAUACAUUUUGCGGACAAAAUAAAGAACUCUUUUCUAGUGAAAGAUCCAUAAUGUCGCCUUCCUCAUCACCUCCCCUCGCGCACAUGAAAAUAUCUUUCCAGCCUAUAGACGGUUUCGAGACUUUGAAACUGAAAUUGAAAUUUCCCGAUGCAAGUACCGAAAACGGCGGCGGCAACACCUUUCCUUCAUUUCAGUUGGUCCCUGAGGUGUCCAUUUCUUGUCAAAAUUUCGGUUCGGAUUCGGAUGUCGACACAUUCUACAGAUCUUCGCCAGCUUUAUCGGACGAUUCUCUCAGCAAUCGGUGUUCGGAAUCGAAUUCUGAGAACUGGGAGUCGAGCGAGUCCCCAACAGGUAAGGACUGCGAUAUAUACGACGCGCUGCGCAGAAUAUCUGUGUCGACUGUGCCGGACAAGAAGCAUGAAGAAUUUCCUUUUGUUGAGAAUGUGUUGGGAAAUACUGGGUGUUGUCGUUCUUUUGAUGAUCGGGCUUUUGGGCCCGUAAACGAGGGGAAGGAAUUGAAGAAUGAUGUUUUGAGCCCGAAAGGUGUUGUGGGCCCACAGCAGUUUGUGGUUAUGCCUGCUCCUCCGCCUCUGGCUCCCGUUCAGCGGGAAAAGUCCGAAGAAAGCGCUAAUGGCUCUCAUUAUGAAUUUGGUCUUACCCAUCCAACAAAUAAUGUUUCUCAGCGUAAACCUGCUCCGUCUAGUGAGGAUCCAACUGAUACCGUGCAUAUGAGGAAAAACAAGCAGUCCAGCUUGUGGGAAUCAAAUGGACAACAAGAGACGAAUCGGGUUAGGAGCAUAGACGAAAAGGAAGACUUUCUGCACCAAAUUAGAACAAAAUCAUUCAAUCUAAGACCAACUGUAACUACAAAACCAACAGUUCCAACAGUAGCCUCUGCCAAUGUACAAGUCACUGCAAUUAUAGAGAAGGCAAAUGCAAUUCGUCAGGCUGUUGCAAGUGACGGAGAUGAUGAUGGGAAUUGGAGUGAGACUUGAGUCCCUCAAAGCCAAAUUUGUAAUUUUGAUUUGCUUCAAUCAAUUGUGAAUGAAGCCUGUUUAUGUUAGUUUCGACUAGGUCUCCUUUUUCACUUCAAGUAGUUGUGUUUGUCUACCAGUAGGUUUUCAUAUUCCAAUCAGCAGUUGUGUAUUGAAAACUGAAAUUCUAUCAGUUUAGCAGGGAAUUCGCUUGCUGUAAUUUGGUUUUAAGAUCAUAACUCCAAUUCCGAAAUUAAAAAAUGGACUAAAAUAAACAAAAAUUUUAUGAUGCCCAUACGGCCGCUGUAAAUCAUGCCACAAUGUAAC